AUCAUCAUCUUCAUCACCAUCUUCAUCACCAUCAUCACCACCGUCCAUUUCUCAGUUUUUCACUAUAGUCCCUCAAACUUCUUUUAUUUCUCUAAACACCACUCUAAUGGCGAGCCCAGGAUCUUGGACGCCAUUAGAGAACCCUCCUCCUCCUCCUCCUCCUCCCCUCCCCCCAUCGACAACUGCUCACAGGGCAUCUGUGGCUCGCGCUGCUUGCAGUUCUGCACUCGCGUCUACCUCCCCACUCCGCCCACCUUCGACGACGAUGACUCUGGUGGCAACUCUGGCCUCUCACCGCUUGUUAUAGCUGUGAUCGCUGGCGUGCUUGCGAGCUUGUUUCUUCUUUGCUGUUAUCUCAUCCUUUCCAAGCGCCGCCGCCGACAACUAGCACGGUGGCGGCACCGGCCUGAUGUUGUGGCGGAUGAAGAGAUCGCGGCGGAGGCGGCAAGGAGGGAGCCAGCGGCCGCCGGAGAUGGGCUUGAUCAGACGUUGAUUAAUAGGAUCGCCGCGUGUAAGUAUCGGCAGAGCGAGGGGUUGGUCGGCGGGACUGAUUGCUCGGUUUGCUUGACGGAAUUUCAGGAAGGUGAGAGCUUGCGGUUGUUGCCUGAGUGUACCCAUGCUUUCCAUGUUGCUUGCAUCGAUACUUGGUUGAAGAACCACUCCAAUUGCCCGAUUUGCCGUUCUAACAUCGUCUGGAUGGCGUCGGCUGAGGAGAGAGUCGUGGUUGUGGAGAAUCCGGGAAGAGCUCGAGGAGCAGGAGGAGGAGGAGGAGGAGGAGAGACGAAUUUGAGGAGCAAUGGGAAUGUAUAAAGCUUCUGAUUCUCCUUCUUGUGAGGUAUGUACUUGUACUUGUUCUUGAUUGGAGAGAAAAAAAAAUGUCAAUAAAAAAAAAGAUCAUCUUUUGACAUUAAAAAUUAGUAGAUAUGUUGUAUUUCUUGAUGGUAAUAUGUAUAGAAAGCAGAAGGGGGAGGAGAAGGAGAUGAUGACUGGAAGGUAUAUAGCCAUGGAUUGGAUAAUUGAUGGUUUUUCAUUGUGUUUGAAUGCUAUUUCUUUGCUUUGAAUGUUUGGAUAUAAUGGUUUUGUUUGA